UUUUGACAUCUAAGAAAAGAAUUUAUUUUCCAACCUACCAGAGGAACAGAGAACAGUUUCUCCCCCAGCAGAAGGAUGCUUCAUAGUCCUAAAUAACUCAUGGACUGUUUCGGAGAAAGGAAAAUGUUGGAAUGUUGAAUUUUUUGUUGGGUGCUAACAAACCACUCCUCACUCAGAAGCUAUUCUACAAUAUCUUGGAAAAUCUCAAUGAAGAAAAGAUGCAGCUGGUGAUUUCCAAAAGCAGGUAACCAAGCAUCCUCAGUAUCAAUCAUGGGGAAAACAGGCCAAAAGGUUCCUUUAAAAGUUCCCAUCAUAAACUAUGAUAUAUAUUCUAGGAAUGAAGUCAUUCCCAACUUGAUGGGAAACAAGCCUUUGCUCAUCACUUUUCCAGAAAGACAGAAGGAAGGAGUGGUGACCCUUCUCUGUAUGAGGCCUCAUCAUUCCCCCCUAUCAUCUACUGUUGAAGUCAAGAAGGAUCUGACCCUUCCCAGCUUGGUUCAAGAACCAGAAACCUCCCAACAGGUUCCACAGUUAAAUUCAAGUUUAAGUUCGUCUCUCCUUGACCUUCCAGACAUUGACGAAUUUCCCCUCUGCCCAGACUGCUUGCGAAUGAAGGGAGAAGACUGGGGAAGCAAAGAAAAUCGGGAAACAAGAUUGCGUGGCCUCCCCCAUUUCCUGAAACCAUCAAAAAAGAAGAUGAUUCUAGAAACUCCAGCACAUUUACGAGUCCCCCUCAUGGACUUUAUGCACGACAAGUGGAUACAAUCAAGAGUCAAGAUUCCGAAGGACAUUGUCAGUGAGGACAUUGAAGCAGAAAAUGUCCAAUACAGACUGCCAAUGAGGGACAUCUGGUGUCCCAGGAAGCCCUUCCAGACACUAUACACUGACCUUUUAACUCACCGUAAAAGGACGGACAGUUACAAAAAACAUGCUUCUCCAGAUCCAAAGAGUAUGUGGGCAGAAUUCAACAUUACAAAAAUUCCUAAACACAGUAAAUUCCACUGAUUCAA